AUGGAUAGGAAUGUACUCAGAUCUCUACGUCAAGAUAAAUUGAUCGUAAUCACAUGGCUGAUAAAGAAGCAAAAGUGGCAAGAAGAGAAGGUAGUAGACUUAACGAGGAGGAAGCUAUCAGAACAAGAAAAGGACGUAUUAAGUUUAGGUUUAAAUUUUGUACCUACACCAAAAAUUAAUCCCUCAAAGUAUGUAGCUCAUGUUAUUGGGAAUGUGGAAUCUGCUUUGUACAAAACGAACAUCAUACAAAAAGAACAAAUAAUUAGUCGAGUUAGAAGCGCUGUUGACAAAAAUUUACCAAAAGCGAUAAGAAAGAACCAGAAAGAGAAAAACUUAAACAAAAAACAAUUCGAAACAUUAAGAAGUUUAAAAGAAGAUAAACAAAUUAUAGUAGUACCAGCGGACAAAGGAGAUACAUAUCACUUAUUAAAAUUAGCUCCAAGUGAAAGGAUAUAUAAAGAUUUAAGAGCACAGUUAAAAAGCUUAGAAGAAAAAGGAGUUUUAGAAACACAAAUGAUUCAAAAAUUUCUAAAACAUAAACAUUUACCGAUAGUUAAGGGACAAGUUAAAGCUCAUAAACAAGGAUAG